AUGUGUGAUGAAACUUUCUCUCAGGAAGGCCACUUAAAUGAACUUUCUCUUAUAGGAAUGAAACCAUAUUCAUGUAAUCUAUGUGAUAAAACAUAUAAAAGUAAAACAAAUUUGAUUCGACACUCUCUUGUUCAUACUGGAGAUCCCCAACCUUACUCAUGCAGUGUGUGUAAUAAAGCAUUCUCACAGAAAGGAUAUUUAAAUCAACACUAUCUUAUUCAUGCUGGAGAGAAACCUUAUUCAUGCAGUGUGUGUAAUAAAACAUUCUCACAGAAACAACAUUUAAAUCAACACUAUCUAAUUCACACUGGAGAGAAACCUUAUUCAUGCAGUAUGUGUGAUAAAGCAUUCGCACAGAAAGGACAAUUAAAUCGACACUAUCUAGUUCACACUGGAGAGAAACCUUAUUCAUGCAGUAUGUGUGAUAAAACAUUCACACAGAAAAGAGACUUAGUUCAGCACUAUCUUAUUCAUACUGGAGAGAAACCUUAUUCAUGCAGUGUGUGUAAUAAAGGAUUCUCGUUAAAAAGAUAUUUAAAAGAUCAUUCUCUUAUACAUUCUGAAGAGAGACUUUAUUCUUGCAGUGUGUGUGAUAAAACAUUCAAACAGAUAGGGUGUUUAAAGCGUCACAAUCAUAUUCAUACUGGAGAGAAACCUUAUUCAUGCAGUGUGUGUAAUAAAAGAUUCUCGUUAAAAAGAUAUUUAAAUGAACAUUCUCUUAUACAUUCUGAAGAGAAACUUAAUUCUUGCUGUAUGUGUGAUAAAACAUUCACACAGAAAGGACAUUUAAAGCGACACUAUCUAGUUCACACUGGAGAGAAACCUUAUUCAUGCAGUAUGUGUGAUAAAACAUUCACACAGAAAAGAGACUUAGUUCGACACUCUCUUAUUCAUUCUGGGGAGGAUAAUUUCUUAUGCAUUUUGUGA